AUGGAAAUUUUAGAUGAAAACGUAAGUUCCGUUUAUAAAGAGGCUGAGACAACAAACAGAGAUCUACCAGAAAAUGCUGAAGGAGCCAUUACCGAACCCUCAGCGGAGCAGCUGGUACUGGAUGGAGAACCAGAGAAGCAGCUCCCCAUAGACAUGUUCUACAAUUAUGAGGAGCUUUCCUCCAGACCAUACAUCACACCUGACUCUGAAAUCCAAGAGAACCUCCUGCACCUCUUUCACUCCUUUGGCUAUGACAGUGGGCGCAGGGCAAACCUGAAGCUGCUGGAUGACAGAACUCUGAUAUUUAUAGCAGGGAACCUGCUCGUCCUCCUAGAUUUUUCCUCCAAAGAGCAGAGAUUUUUGCGUUCCUGUGGUGGAGGAGGAAUCGGGGCCAUUACGGUUCACCCUACCAAAAGCCAUUUUGCUGUAGCAGAGAAGGGAUACCGACCCAACAUCAUCAUCUAUGAAUAUCCUUCACUAAAACCAUACCGGAACCUUAGAGGUGGCACAGAGCUGGGAUAUAGCUCUGUGGACUUUAACUGUGAUGGCACCCUGCUGGUCAGUGCGAGCGGUACACCCAACUGUAUGCUGACAGUGUGGGACUGGAGGCAGGAGAAGGUUGUGCUGAGGUCUACGCCCAUGUCCAACGAGAUCUACCGAGUCAGCUUCAACCCAUACAACUCGGACCUGCUCACAUCAUCAGGAUUUGGACACAUCAAGUUUUGGAAAAAGGUUCCCACAUUCACGGGUCAUAAACUGCAGGGCUCCAUGAGUAAUUUUGGGAUAACUGUACCAACCGAUAUUGAGGGCUACGUGGAACUUCCUGAUGGAAAGGUGGUUUCAGGUACAGAGUGGGGAAACCUACUCCUUUGGGAUGGAAAUGCCGUCAAAGUGGAAAUUUGCCGUAAAGAGAACCGGAACUGCCAUGUCGGGACAGUCCAACCCUUUGCUAUAGAAGAUGGACAGCUAAUGACAAUUGGCUCUGAUGGAGUGGUCCGGGGUUGGGACUUUGACGGGAUCGACACAGCCAUCAUUAACGAUGGCAGCAGCAAGUUUGAAAUGGAGCCUAUUAAUGAGAUGGUGGUGGGACAUAAUGUUUGCCUCUCUUCUGUGGUCAGGAGCUCUCCGUCUGACUCCUCCAUCUGGUUUGCUCAGGAUGCUAAUGGAGCCAUCUGGAAACUGGAUCUUUCAUUCACCAACACAGCUGCAGAUCCAGAAUGCCUGUUUUCCUUCCACGCUGGGCCAAUCCAGGGCCUAGAUGUGUCAAAGAAAUCGCACCUGAUGGCCACAACCACUCUGGACCGCUCUGUCAGAGUUUUUGACUUCUUGACAAAAAGAGAACUGACUACCAGCCAUUUCAAUCAGGGUGGAACCACGCUCAGCUGGGCUCCACUUUCGAUAAACCCAAAUGGAAGUUUGCUGGUGACAGGCUUCCAGGAUGGGGUGGUCCGCUUAUUGGAGCUGUACAACCCACAAAAGCUGACAAGGGACACUGGGCGUGACCUUGAAGAAGAUGCCAAGCUGCAGCUCAAACAGGCCUUCAAACCUCAUAAUGCCCCUGUGACUGCUGUGGCAUAUGAACGAAAUGGAGAAAUCUUUGCCACAGGGAGCGUAGACUGCACUGUUUUCUUCUUCACAACUGGGGAAAAGUACAACCCCAUUGGUUUCAUCCUUGUUCCCGGGCCGGUUCAGGCACUUGAGUGGUCACCUCAUUCCCACAGUGAAAACAGGCUGCUCAUCUUGUGUCAAAAUGGUUAUGUGGUUGAGGUGCACAGUCCUGAUCCAGAAGCUCAGAUGCCGACCAAAACAUUCCAGCUAACUGAGCUGCCCAGGAGAUUCUUCAAGUUCAAGAGUAUUAAAUCCAGAAUCAAGAGAGAAGAGGAGAUUGCAAGACGUCAGGCCUUGAAGAAGCAGCAAGUGAAAGAAAAAGAGGAAGAAUUACCACCUCUCUACAUCCCAGAUCCUCCAAGUCCUAUCAGUUGUGGUUUUUACUCACAGUCAGGCCAGUUCUGGCUCUCAAUGGGAGGCUUCGACUCAGGCUACUUGUAUCACUGUAAGUUCUCUGAGAAUCAGGAUGAUGAUCCGGACCAACGGCAGGAUGAACCUUUUCACUUCCUACCUGUCAAUGAUGCAGAUGAUGAUCCCAUUUGCUCUAUGACUUUCAGCUCCAACAGGCAGCUUCUGCUCUGUGGCAUGCACUCAGGCUUCAUAAGGAUUUACCCUCUUCAACCUGGUGACCACAGCCUCACCUCCAUGGAGGCCUACUGGGCUAUCAGCAUUCACGAUAAUCAUUAUGGUCACUUGCGACACAUCCGUUGCAGCCAUGAUGAUCUCUUCGUACUGACAGCUGGAGAUGAUGGAAAUAUGUUCUCCUUUUCCCUGCUUCCUCAAGAGGAACUACAAGAAAAAAGUCUGCAUGAAAAGACGGCCGAGGUUCCUUCACCCACAAUUUGCCUUGAGAAAGCGGCCGGGGCUCUGGACAUUGAAGACCCAACAGCCCACAACAUAGAGAUGGCUAAGAAGAAGCUGGAAAAUGACCACUUGCGUAGGGAAAGUGAGCUUAAGGUGGCAGAAACGCAGAAGCAGCUGGCUGAGCUCCAGAAAAAGUAUAACCAAGUGCUGAGGGAAAACCAAAGGCUGCCAGAACAUAUCCGCUUGAAACCGGAGGAACUGCAACUGGACCCUCGUUUUCGUGAACUAGCAGAGCAACUGAAGGCCAAGAGGGUGAGGGAAGUCAGAAAGCAGAUGGCCUGGGAGCAGGAGCGCUGCAGCAUAGCCCUGAGAAAACUUCAAGAUUGGUGUAAUGACUCACUAGAAGGCAACAUUGUCACUGUGGUCGCCAUCCGCACCAACCAUAGAAUCUCCACCUACCAUCUAUCGAUGGUGGCCGAUUCUCAAGUCAAGUCAAGUCAAGUGGAAGCUGAGAUCAAACUCAGCCAACCUGGUGGAAUAGGAGAAGCAUUGGGAGUGAGGAAAUCCAGAAUAGCUGCUUCAAAGGACAGCCACCAAAUAGUCGAGGAAGAGUUGCCACCCGUCCCGGUGGCUCGCGCAGCAAAGAUCAAUCUUGGAGAUCGGCAAGAAGAGAAGCUCCGAAAGGCUGCAGAGAAAGCUGAGCGAGCUCGAACCAAAAUAGAGAAGAGAAACCAGGAAUGGGCUCAAAUUUAUGCAGAGAAACCAGAAAAGGACUAUGUGGAUCCUAAGGAUGUACAGGCCAUCUGCGAAGCCAGACAGAACAUCGGGGACUUCAUCAGAGUGAAACACCUGAGAAUUAACUCUGAGAAGAAGAAAGAAGAGAAGAUGGCCUUGGCGGCAAAAAUCCGUGAAACGCAGACUGAGAUGAAUGAACGGAUCACAACAUUGCACAACUCCAAGGUUCACCUGGUAUCUUGGUUGGCGGUUCAGGCGGAGAAGCUAAAGAAGAUCCAAGAGCAGUUACCAGCCAAUCUUCACCGUUAUCCACCCUCCCUGCCCACCAUAUUACCUGCAGAAACAUCAGAGAGAAGUCUGCCAUGUGGGGGUGUUAUGUUGGUGAAGGAGCAGAGCUCUGAGAGUGUGGAAGAACAGUAUGGAGCUGUGAGUGUAUUGGAGCAGCUACAAAAAGGAGAAGAAGAAAUCACAGAAGCGGUGUCUCCCAAUGUAUCCACUUCAUCUUCAUCAGUGAAGGAAGGAGUAGAGUUGACUGAACUGGAGAUGGAGCUGCAAAGAGAGCAGGAGAUCAGGCUGCAGUAUGACCAGGACUGUUUGCUGCAGCAGAUGGAGAGCUCAAUUAGUGAAUUCGAUGCACAGCUGCUGCUGCUGCUUCGGCAGAAGAGUCACCUAGACUGCCAGCUGAAGUUGGAAGAACUUCACCUGCUGACAAUCUCACAGGAGAUAUUUCUCCUCAAACAGUUUGAGAAGAGGGAGGGAUGCUUGCAGGAGAAACUCAAUGGAUGUAUUCAGGAGGAAAAGAGCAUUAAGUUAAUGCUGGACGAGUGUAAUGAGCAACUGGAGUUGAAAAAAGGACACAUAUCCAAACUGCAGGAGAAAGAAAAGUCUCUGACGGCAGCCUUUCAGACGUCACUGGGAGAAAGUAAUCGUUUCGAAGACUUUCUGACUAUGGUCUUCAAGAAAAAUAUCAAACGAGCCAAGACAAAAGAGAAGGCAAAAAAUGAAGAAGAAGAACACAGCAGCAGCAGCAGCAGCAGUGAAGACUCUGAAGACGACAUUGACUGGGAUGUUGAUUAUGACAGCAGCGAGGAGGGAGGAGCUGCUUUAGAUGUCAGUGUGUGCCCAAAAGGCUGUGAGCCAAAGCUGUAUGAGAACACUCUGCAGCUGCGGGAGCGUCGUCUGGACCUCAAGGAACAUUUGGUGGAGCAGAAUAAGAUUGCAGAGACUCUGAAGAGGGAGAAGGAGAUGCUCACCAAGAAGGUGAAAAUAGUAAAUAACAGUCGGCAGGCAAUAGAAGAAGGCUUGGAAUUAAUCAACAAAGAGAAACAGCAAAAACUUGACGAGCUGGAUGUGGUGAUUCCUCUCAGACGAGACCAGAUUGAGUUUGUCAUCGACGGCUCUGUGCCAUCAGACUUAAGCGAGGCGUUGGUGCUGGACAAGAUCGAGCAGCGCAGGCUGCAGGAACGCAUACAGCAGCUGAAGGUAGAAAAGUUAGGUCAGAAAGAAUUAUGCCAUCAAGCUCACCAGAAGCGUGCCAGGCUAACCCAUGAACUCAAGGAGAUGGCAACCAGGAUCCAGGUGCUGGAGUUGCAGUGUGACGAGCUGAUGAUGAAAAAGUUCGGGAGGCUUGUGGAUCUGGAGGCUCUGCAGAUGAUACCAGGGAGCAGGAGACUAGAGGAGCUGAAAUAUGAAAAACUCCUCAAAGAAAAAGCACAUGCCAAGGAGCUCAAACAGUGGGAUGUAAAGGUAGAGGAGGCGCAAGACGCUCUGAUGAAGGUGACAAGGCGUAACACUGAGCAUCUCUGCAAGAUGUCCAGGUUACUUGAACAGAAGAAGGAACUUAACACCAAACUCAACACCAGACAGAAGAAAAUGGCCAGACGCCAUUUCCAGCCCUACAGGGCUCUUGGAGACCAGGAGUCCAUGCAAAGACUGCAGGAGCUGGUAAAAAAACAAUCGCUGGAGGCUCAGGCCCUCAGGAGAGAGAUCAGCCUCCUGUCUUCCAAAGGAGGCCACAUCUUGGGAGGCCACCACAUCCGACUGCCCCCAAUCACCCCAAGGUCAAGCCCUAUUGGUGACAUCCACAAGGGGAAACCAGAAUCAAACUAACCUAGUAAUUUGGUUUAGCUAAACUAUGGCAGACACAGAAACAAAUAUGUUUGGUUCUCGAAAAAAAAAUAAAAAAAUAAAAAAAUGGGGCAAUCAGUUGUGUAGAAAGUUGAUCCAUGGAGAUGUGGUCAAUGAGUAAGUUUUACCAUUGUGUUAUGUUUAUUGUUUUAUUGUAUUUCCAGUUCAUGAGGAUAGUUUUCCUGGCAAUAGUUAAGGCUAGAAAGAUUAAUUUAUUGUUUGAAUUUGUCAAGAUUUAUUGUUGAUGUGUCGCCAAAUAAGCAGAGGGAUGGAGAUAAAGGGAUGUGGCAGCCCAAAAAAUUUGACAGUGACUUUGUGACCUCAGACCAAAAUUGCUGAACAGGGGUGCAGUACCAAAUGGCGUGAAUGUAAGAGUCUGGUUGUUUUAUGGUGCAGUUAGUACAUAUUUUAGACGAGAAUCCCAUAUUAAACAUUUUUUGU